AUGGCACCCAGGGGAUCAGACAGCGUAGGCCGGAGGCCGGUAUCAGUGGUCUUUGUUUGUCUAGGAAACAUCUGUCGUUCGCCCAUGGCUGAAGGUGUAUUCCAACACCUCACAAAAACUACCCGACCGCAGCAUCCCCUUAUCAGUCACAUCGACUCCGCCGGAACAGGUGCCUACCAUGUUGGGGACGAUCCAGACUCGAGAACCAUGAGCACACUCGCAGACAACGGUAUCACUGGGUACAGACACCACGCUCGCAAGUUCCAGCCCAGUGAUUUCAAGACCUUUGAUUACGUCAUGGCAAUGGACGACGAUAAUCUGGACUUCUUACAACGCAUGCGCAACAAGCUAGUAAAAGAUGGAAAUCCGGAUGGGGAGCUCGCAAAGCUUAGGCUAUUCGGUGACUUCGGUGGGCGGAAGGGCGAAGAAGUCGCCGAUCCUUAUUAUGGUGGGAAGGAUGGCUUCACGAUUGCAUACGAACAGAUGGUUCGUUUCACGAAGGGCUUUCUGAAACGCCUGGAGGUGGAAAACGUGGAUGACGAAAAAUGA